AGAGACCAAUCUCCAACAGCACUGCCUUGUCUCUCCGGGUUGAAAUAUUACUGCAUCGCUUUCUUCGUCUUUCUCGAGUUUAGAAAGUAUUUAAUUCCAUUUUUUAAAAAAAUUAACGGUCUUCCUCUUAAGAAGACGUAAAUAAAACCUAACAGGAAUUGCCUGUUAGGCUUGAACAAAAGGGGACAUUCCCGCUGUCACCGCAAACGGUCUUCCUCUUAAGGAGACGUAAAUACAACCUAACAGGAAUUGCUUGUUAGACUUGAACAAAAGGGGACAUUCCCGCAGCAAAGAGGACCUUCUUGCCACAGAGAGAGCUCUCUAAAUCGACGUGAAGGCGUUUGACAACCCAACUGGAAUCUUCUCCUAAUCUGGAAAAAAAGGGACUUUCCCACAGCAAAGAGGAUCCUCCUGUCAUUGAAUCAAGGUCGAGAAAACAGAACACUUUUUUAAUUUAUUUAUUUUUCUCAAAAGGAGAGACAUUUUAAAGCUUCUGGCGCUUCUCUCAGUGGUGCUCGUUUGCAAAAGAGCCUGGAACUGGUUGAGAGCAGCUGCGAUGCAACUGGCUGGGGAGGGGUGAAGGCAGCACCCGCCUUCUCUUCUGUGUCUGCAACACCCACUGGACACAACACGACUCGUUCUCUGUACCUCAAGGGGGGCAUCAUGGAAGGAACCACGGCGACGGCGCCUGCCCCAUGCUGGAGCGGAGGAGGAGGAGGCAGCAGUAGCCGGGCCCGAAGGCAACGGCGUUGCUCACGGCGGGACCGUGAGAACCGCUGCACUCGCCGCCGGGGAGGCCGGCCCGGAGAUGCUUCUCAUCGGGGCAUCUUGUCAUCCUCGUCUUCGGGGUCGGACAGCGAAGGGCCCUCCCCACCUGCCCCUGUGGCCGCCGGCAAAGGCCGGCCCAUUCAGCAACAACAGCAGCGCCGCCGACGCCGGCCCCUCCGGCGGAAGAAGGCCUCUGGAUCAUCCUGCAGCCGCGAGGAGGAGGAGGAGGAAGAAGAGGAGGAAGAUCUCAUUGAUGGCUUUGCCAUUGCCAGCUUUGUCAGCCUUGAGGCACUUGAGAAGGAUGCAACCCUGAAGACCCCAGAACGGUUAGAGCUUCGGAUGAAACAUUCUGGGAAGAGAAAACGGGGCGAGGGAAACAACUCUGAGCCAGAAGAUGAAGAUGGGAGUUCAGAGAAGGGGCGCAGCCGCAGCUGUGGAGGGGAGCGGGCGCCGACAAAGCGUAGCAAGAGGCGGCAUGAAGAGACUUCUCUCCAAUCUUACCUGGAAACUGGAUAUAUAUGUGAUACAGAAAGUGACCCAGAGGAGCAGGCCUCCAUUGAUGACCUCGAGCCGUCAUUCACUGUCUCAACCAGCAAAGCCUCGGGACCCAUUGGUGCAUUAAACGGGAGCUGUGAAGCCAAACUCUCUGUGAUCCCGAAAGUCUCCGGCCUGGAGCGGAGUCAGGAGCGUAAUUAUGAGGCUGACCGGGAUGCUCUGCUAGUGCCUUUCCUGCUCAAGGAACCUCCUUCUCAGGCCGCCGCAGCCCCCGUUCCAGCUCAGGCCUUGCCCCCAAGUCCUCCUGUGCUGCCUCCUGCCAGGACCCGGGCUCAGACGCCUAACACUGCGGUUCGUGGCACUCCCCAGCCUAAAGGCCCACUGCCUCCAACACCUCAGGGGGGACCGGUCCCCCACAGCCUCAGCCAGAGCCAGCUGCACAUGAAGGUACCGCCCUUUCCUAGCCAGGCGCAGGGACCGUAUGCUGUCGGGCUGGACCUCAGCACUGGAGGGUGCAGCCGCAGUGCAGCUCACCCCAAGUCCAUCCUCCCUCCUUGCUCCCCAUCUUCCUCUCAGCUCCCUCACCGGCCCUCCACCCCCUCACUGGCUCUGCCUCACCAUGCCUUUCCAUCCACCCUUCGGCCCCCUUCCCAUCACCAUCAGGGCAUGUUCACCCCUUCGCCUGGGCUCCCGCCACCACCUCCGCUGCUUCAAGUUGCCGGGCACCCAGCUGCAGCUGCUGCCAUAUCUGAACAAGAAUUAAUCCGCCAAGACCUGAGUUCCCGAUUCCUCACGGCACAAGGCGGAGCCGACAUGGGGGCUGCUACCAUCCGCCCCUUGGCUUUCCAGUUCCACCAACACAACCAUCAGCACCAGCACACCCACCAACACACCCACCAGCACUUCACCCCUUUCCCACCAGGAAUGGUACCCACGCCCAGUUCGGCUGUGUUUGAAAAAUACCCUGGCAAGAUGGAUGGGCUUCUGAGGCAUAACUUUUAUGCUGCAUUCCCCCCAACCGUGUCGGGGAUCUCCCCAGUCCUGCCUCCCGCUGUGACUUUUGGCUCCCUGCAGGGGGCGUUCCAACCUAAGAGCACUAACCCUGACCUGCCAUCCCGCCUAGGCACUGUCCCACCCACCAUGUCCCAGAAAGGGGCUCAGCUCACCGAUCCCUUCCGGCCAACACUGAGAAAGCCUGGGAAGUGGUGCGCUAUGCACGUCCGUGUGGCAUAUAUGAUCCUGCGGCACCAGGAGAAGAUGAAGGUAGGGUGGGCCUGUGCCGCCUCCCCCCUCCGCCUGCGUACAGUGACGGGGUUUGGCGCAGCUCCCACUGGUGCCCGCCAGAGGGUCACUGCAAGCAACGGGAGAGGCUUCUCCCCUUCUGCCCUUCUGAUGUCUGUGCUGGACCCUCGAUCGGAGGCGGGGUCUCUGAUGCAAGGUGACCCACACAAAUUGGAUUUCCGGAAUGAUCUCCUUGCCGGCUUGCCUGGGACUGGAGUCUUUGGUGGUUUGCCGCACGCUCAGGAGAUGGCACGCCCUGCAACUCUCUUCACAGCUUCUGGUGUUGUCCAUCCUGGCAGUGCGGCAUCAUUUGGUCCUCCCGGCACGCCUCAUGGCUCUUUCCUCAGCCCUGGCCCACAUAUUGAUCCAUUCAGCAGGCCCCCCAGCUUUGCAUCCCUGGGAGCACUCUCCAAUGGUGCAUUUGGAGGCUUGGGGAGCCCAUCCUUUAAUUCAAGUGCUGUCUUUGGGCAGAAGGACAGCCCCGGAGCACCACCCUUCCCUAAUCCCCAUGACACCUGGAACCGCCUCCACCGUACGCCCCCCUCCUUUCCUACUGCCCCAGCCUGGCCCAAAAGUGGCACUGGAGAUGGCACCGAACGUGGAGGCCCCCAGCAUGACAAGGAGGGUGAAAAGCCGGAUGGGCCAGUGAUCAAGGAUGAAAAAGACAGAGAUGUCCUCUUUUCCCGCCACCCCCUGCGUGCUUCUCCUGCUACACCCACCCCAAAGAACUCCGCACUGGCCCAUGAGGAGCCUCCAGGUCGGCCCCAUGUACCAGUGGAACGUGAGCAUCGCUAUGGAAGCCCAGCGAGUUCAGGGCAUGCCUCCCGCUCCCCUUAUCCAGAGUUGCCUCUGAAGAAGGAAGUGAAGGUCAAGGAAGAGCCAGAGUUGACCGGGUUUGAGGGGGCACUGCGCACGGGGGCACCCUACCACAGCACCCUGCAUGUCUCCCACUCCUUGGGAACACUGGCUGUGUUUGAGCGGCCCCAAACCGGAACUGGUGGAAGCGUCUCACCGUAUCUGGUAGCUGCCCCGCCUUCAGCUGCCUCCUAUGCCGCACUUGAAGCUUGGCGUGAGCCCUACCACCGGCGGCUGGAGUUGCACUCGUUACAGCGCCAACCCCUUUACCUGGAGGCGCCGUCGCCUGCUGCUGCAGCUGCUGAGGACUAUGGCCGGCUGUAUGGCCUGGCGCCACCCCACCAUCCUGGCCUCAUGGCCUAUCCCCGCCACCAAAAUGGGUUGCUGGCCAAAGCUGCUCCCUCGGCCGCAGCUGCGGCUUUGCUGAGCGCCCCCCCACCCCUGAUCCCAGCUUCUAACGCUCGCCCCUGUUCCCCUCGCCGUGCCCCUGACAUCCGAGAACUGGCAGCUGCCUACAAGGACCGGGACUCCAGAUAAUGGGGCUGCAGUGGGGUCCUGGCACAUGAGCGCCUGUUCUCAGCAGCUUCUUUUAAUUCUGGCAGACUGACGGACAGGGUCAGCGUGAACCCCGGCCAGAGAUCUAGGCUCCCCUUCACAUUAGUGGGAAUAGAAGCAUAGCUGCCUGCCAUCUUAGGCUGAGGUAGAGGCAUGACGCUGCUGCCACUGCCACCCCAGAAAGACUUUAGCCCCCAACAGUUGUGAGUAAUGGGAACUUCUUUCUGGCCUCAGGUUGAGGCUUAGGAUGAUGGGGUCUCUUUGGGCUGUUGCUGGUAACGGGAGUAGGAUUCCACAUCUCAAGCACCCUCAGUCUUUGUACCCGAUUUCUGCAAAAGCUCCCUCUUUCUGCCUCUGUGGAUUUGGGUAUCCUCUCGGGGGAUUUCGUAUCCUGCUGGACUGAAAUUAUGAAUCUGAGGUGUGCUCUUCUCCCUCCAUGGACAAAUGGGAAGGCUGCUUUCAGGGGAGAGGGAGGGCUGCGUCUUGAGGCGCCUCCCCCCAUAAGGCAGUGUAAAUAUUUAUAUAUUCUGCCCCAGGCAGGUGGGGGAAAAUGGUUUUUGUACAUUUAUAAAAGGUUUGAGAUUGUGAUUUUAAAAGUGACUUCUCUCUCCUCUACUGCCCUUUCCCUUUCUCCACAGUUCCCCUUGUUUUUACUGUACUGCUCUUUUCUAUACCUGUAUCUGCUCUUUCCCACCUCUGGCUCCCUUUCCUCCUUCUGUAAUUGAUUGGAAAGGUGCAACAAGGAGGGUGCAACGCACUUGUCUGGUGCCCUUUUCUUCCCCAGGUUGGUUAAUUAAACCCCAAACUGGUGCUUCUGGA